CAACGUGGAGGAUUAUUGAUGGGUUUGGUUUUGGGGGGGAAAGAAGUGGAGGACAGGAGGAGCAGUGAGGCGGUCAGCCGCUGCUUACUACUGUGCUUACUCCUUUAAGCCACUGAGGCGCGGCCACAAGGCGGUGGAUCGCCCCAACCCAAGGAUGCGUCUUGAGAGGAUCGUCCCGUCUCCACGGGCAACCGCCGAAAAACACGGUGCACGCAUCUAGACCUGUCUAGGGACGCAUCACGACUCCUCCUUCACCUUUUCUGACCCGAACGAUUUGCGACUAGACUCGAGAUAGUUGGACUUUGCACGUUGAAUGACCCUUGCUGGCAUCGAUCACCCGCCAUGUUGGCCGUCCGAGACCAGGAGAACCUGGUGCACGCCCACCAGACCGUCGCCGCGUCCAAACCACUGAAUCAAGGCGUCAAGCAAUUGCAACCGAAAACCCCAGGAGCCCGAGCUCCCAAAACGCCCUUCAAAGUCCCGUUGAAUGAUGAAAAUGAUCCGUUGGCAUUUGGAAAGAAGACUGUGAAAGGAAAUGGUAAACGGACGGAAAAUGCCAAACCAGCCAAGGAUGCGUUUGUCACGCCACUGGCAGAUCCUCGUCAUCGUGCCCCGUUAGGAAUGAAAACGACAAAUGCCAAGGCAAAAGGUAUACAGACACCAGCACCAAGGGCCAUCAAGCCAGAGAAGACGAACAAGAGAGCUUCGACCCAGAGGAUCAAGAAAUUCGCCCCUCUUGUAGAGCAGAACCAAGCAGAGGUUCAGGAGCAAGCGCCUCAGGAUGAUGUUCCUGACAUUGAAUACAUGCCACCCAAGCCAAAAGAACUUCCGGAUUAUCCUGAAGAUAUCACCUAUGACACCACAUUCCCGCAAUUCAAGCCCCAAAACCUGGCACUCGGGCUAGAGAGUGUCUAUGGGGACAAUGAAGUUGGAAAAGAUGGGCUCACCAAGAAGCAGCGGAAGUUUCAAGAGAAUUCGAUCGCAUGCGAUAAGAUGGUGGACGACAUGAUUCUGAAGCAGGUUGAAGGCAUGGGCUUUGAAGAGUCGAAUGGCAACGAGUCUCUCGAUGCUCCCCAGGCGGAAGAGCUCCCCAAACGACGCACCGAGGCACGUCGUGCAAGAGUGAUUCCCAGCAGGACCAAAUACUCCAGUAACAUCUCAACCGUGAGAGCUAAAGAUGCAGCAACAGCACUUUCUGGGGCAGAACCCACUGCUCCACGCAAACCGGCGCCUCUGCCAAAACCCAGAGUGGCAUCAUCACUUCUUGGGUCUAGAAAACCCAGAGUCCCAAGCAACCCUUCCUCCAUGCGUCAAACAGCCGCUACGGCAAAUGCGAGAACAACAGUUGGGUACUCCAAGGGUCGCACCAUGUCGUCUAAACUGCACGGAAAGAUAUCCACCACGCCAAAGGAACCGGCAAAGGGAAUCCAGUCACCCGAGACUUACAUACAGCUCUAUGGCCCCCCGCCCCUUGGAACCGAAAUGUGGCUUCGCUGUAAGGCGGCGGGCUGCUUCGACAGUGAAGAGGAGCGACAAGAGGCUCAAGCAGAAAUGGAACUUCCCACAUACGAGGAAGAUGCUGAGGCACAGGACUUCCAGCUGACUUUGUAGGCUACGGAAUGUAUUUUGGGUUGGUGUUUUGUUUGAUAUUUCUUGAUUAUUACUUUUAUGAAUUGGAACGGCGGAUAUGCAUUGAGGAUUGGUCGGUGCAAGGAAGGCAAACAAGCAGGUCUUACAGGGCGUUCGUAUCUUUUUCUUCUUGAAUUACUUGAUGGAUUUCCAUGAUGGACCACGGACAUCUUGUAUUAUUUGACAACCAACAUGACUACUGAUUAUUAUAGUAUGGAGUAACCAAAUCAACACUUAUGAAAGGAACAGAUCCAGCUCCCCUAUGCACGAUGGUGGGAUAUAGUUCUAAAUAGCUCCAAGCA